AUGAGAUUAUCAUCAGUGAUUGCCAGCUCAGUGGCUCUUUUGGCUUCCACCGCCGCAGCAAAGGAUGUUGCAUGUUUGGUUGACGGACAAACCGUUGCCGUUGUCGACUUGGACACCGGUGUUUGUCCAUUCACCAUCCCAUCCCAAUUCCCAGCUCCAAUUUUCGACUUCACAUCAACCUCAGACUAUGAUAUCCUCUUCUACUACUCAUUGCUCAACGAUGCUAGAUACUUCACCGACAUUGUUAAUGCCGGUAACAUCAUCAGCAUCCCAGCUGUUGCAUUGUACGGACAAUCAGGUGCCCCAUUGUACCAAGUCCACGUCAACGAAGAACCAGCUUCAAACUCUACCGCUGCUAUCAAGAAGAGAUUAAUGAUGUUGAGAGGUUUGGACAUUAGCAACAACAAGAACCAAGACAAGGCAAAGAGAGAUGCUGCUUCCGACUUUGCUGAAUCAUUGAAAACACUCGACGGUACCUUCCUUGAAAACUCUGUCUUUGAAGUUGUUGACAUUAACCCAUCCUCAGGUGCUUCUUCUAUCCCAUCAACCGAAUCUUCUGGUGCUGCUGCCACCGAGACCGAAGACGAAUCUUCUGCCCCAUUGACCAUCCACUCAACCACCGUUUCCACUGAAACCGUUGACUGUUCUACCAGCACUUUCACCACUACUGACGCUGAAGGUAACCCAUCUACCGGUACCACCACCGUCUCCCAAAGCACUGGUGCCGGUGCCGGUGCUGGUGAAGGAAAGACCGUUACUGAAGACUUGACCACCGUUGUCACCAUCACUUCAUGUCACGAUGACCUUUGUCACCUCACCACCGUCCCAGGUACUCAAACUGUUACUACUGCUACUGUUCACGGUGUUGAAACCAUCUACACUACUUACUGCCCACUCUCAGAUGUUGAAACCGUUGAAUCCACCAAGGUUAUCACCAUCACUUCAUGUCACGACAAUGCUUGUCACACUUCUGCUGUUGAAGCUACUCCAGCAUGGACCACCGAGACUGUUGGUGGUACUGUUACCGAGUACAUCACUUACUGUCCAUUGACUGCUGGUGGUAAGACCGUUCCAGCUCCAGCUCCAACUACCGUGACCAAGACUCUCACUGGUGGCGAAGCUGGUGAAGGUCCAGUUACCGUUACCAUCAUUGAAGGUGGUGAGGCAGUUACCCAAGGUCAAGUUGGUACCCACGUUGUCCCAACUGGUACUACUACCUGGACUGAAGGUGCUUCUGUUUACACUUCUACUGUUUACGAAACUGUUGAAUACACUUACGGUACUCAAUCCACCGGUGCUGCUGCUGCUGCUACCACCACUGAAGGUGCUGCAGGUAAGGCUGGUGAAACCACUACUGCUACUACCACUGAAGGUGCUGCUGGUAAGGCUGGUGAAACCACUACUGCUACUACUACCGAAGGUGCUGCAGGUAAGGCUGGUGAAACUACCGUUGCUGCUGAAUCUCAAGCUGCUGCUGCUGGUACUACCACUACCGGUGCUGCUGCUCCAGCUGGCGCUGCUUCAGGUGCUGCUUCAGGUGCUGCUGGUGCUUCAGGUGAAACCACUGUUGCUGUCAUCUCAACUGUUGCUGCUGAAUCAAGCUCUCCAUCUGGCGCAGCUUCAACUGCUAUCAACACCUACGAGGGUGCAGCUUCAACCACCAAAGCUACCUUCUUUGCUUUGGCUGUUGCUUUCGUUGCUGCUCACUUGUAA